CCAUCUUCGUUGAUGCAACAACAGCAACAGCAGGUGUUUCUGCGUCAACAGCAACAACAACAACAACAACAACAACAGCAGCAGCAGCAGCAGCAACAAUUUCUGUUUCAACAGUAUGAGCAGCAACAAUUGCAGAUGAGACAGCCGCAGUUCCAGCAGCUACAACAGCAGCAGGAACAGUCGCAAGCACAAGCACAAGCACAAGCACAAGCACCGUCCUUCAACCCCGAUCCGUUCAGCUUGGACGGGUUCGGUUUCGAUUUCUCUUUCGAGGAUCCCAAAUACCAGAGCGGUAAUGGCAACGAUCUUCAUUUCGGGAACACGAACCUUUACACAAGUUCGGGACCGGCUUCAGCACCAGGGAUGAAUCCGAAUCCGGGGAUGAACACCGGGCUGGUCUUCGAUCUUGGCGAUACAUCCGACUCGGCCUUCCCCGGCUCGGGUCGUUCGCAGUCGCACUUGUACGGCCGAGCUGAAGGUCAGGGACAGCAGGGUCGAGCCAGGGGGUCUUUUGAAGGGACGUUAGGGUUCGGGAUGGGCGGACCCGAGAUCGCGCACAACCCGAACCUCAACUUUAACCCCAACCCGAACUCGAACCUGAACGUGAACCUCGAUCUCGGGCUCGCUCUCGACCCUACCCGGUUCGAUAGCGAUAAUUCGUCAGGCGAGGUAUUGAGUGAGCAGGAGUUGAAGCGGUUGUUGAGUAUGGGCGGAGGUGCUGGCGGGAUCGGGAUUGGAGCAGGAAACGGCGACGGGGACGAGUUUGGAUUUGGAACCGGGUUUGGCGGGACGGUAGAUUGGGUGGGGUUGUUACAAGGAGGUGGAGCGGGGAUGUUGCUCCAGCCUGAUCAGCCCCAGGGUCAGCCUCGAGAGCGAGUAGAGGAAAGGCCUGCUGGCGGGGUCAAGAGAGAGUCGAUCGAUGAGACAGGGUCGACGACGAGUACGGCCAAGGGGACCGCUUCCAUCGUCGAGGCUGGAGAGCUUGCUACCUCGACCACGACCGCGACCGACCCCGCCGCUAAUGCUGGGCCACCGGCCGCUCCGACGUCCAACCCGAACCGAUCGCCACGACAACAACAAUCCAAACAACCCGGUAUCAACCUGCACAACAAGGUCGAGAAGCGUUAUCGGAGCAACGUCAAGAACGCCCUGGACUCGCUCCGCGAUUCCGUGCCCCGUCUUCGACAGGUCUACGGGACCUCUUUACCUAGCGAGAUCGAGACCACGGACAAGCCGGACGAGGACGGCCUGGUAGGCGGAGUCAGCGAGAUUGGGAAACCGACGAAACAGACCGUCAUGCUCGGAGCGAGGAUGUAUAUCGAAUACCUGGAGAUGAAGGAUCACGCGGGCGAGGCCAAACGGGAGAGGAGCGAUCGGGUGUUGAUGCGGUUGUUGGGUACCGGUCCUGAUUCCGGCGACAAGUGGGCCAAGUGGGAACGGGAACAGGAGAGGGUGGGGAAGCUCGCUGAAGAGGCGUACAGGCAAGGGCUCGAGAGGAAGAGCGUGGAGAGGGCGUUGAUGCUAGCCCCGCCUGGUGGAUCGACUUCGGGAGGAUCGCCAUCGUCCUCGUCCCCGCCUGACGGAGCCGACGAGGAGGAAGAAGAGGAGGCUCCGCCCGUGCGUGGUCGACCGAAGAAGCGUCCCAGGGAGAACGAGGACGAUGCCGAGGACAAGAAACCGGUCAAGAAGCGACCUGCGACGGCUAAACAGCCUAAAAAGGCCGGAGGGAAAAAGCCGACGGCGAGCGUCGAGACGGUCACCGGGGCCGGAGCGGCAGUGAUGUACUCGUUCGGGUUGGCAUACACGUUCUUCCCCAGGGCCAGCUCGGUUUUCCGAAGUUCGGCUCGACAGGGACAAGUGGCGGAAGGGUCGAGGUCGACCGGGUCGGUGAUCCUCUCGGCGCCAUACAGGGCGGCCAACCAGUCCACGCACUUGCUGAAACGCGCCCUGCCCGAACGUCAUCAUGACUUUUGGGUGUUGAGGCCGGACGACUUUUUGGACUGGGUCGGGCUGUUCUUCCUCGCCGGAGUCAUCUCGUGGAUCACCUGGAGCCUGGUCAGGUCAUUCGGCUUGCUUACGGCUGAUACGCCGAGUGAGGCUGAAGACGAGCAGGCGGUCGAGGGUCAGCAGGUCGAAGUCGACGUCUUGACUGAAUCCGGUUAUCGAGGACGGAUUGGGACCGUCAUCGAGGGUUUAAAGAGCUUGGGUAGCAAAUUUGGCAAGCGACACGGAGAUGACGAACCCGCGGUCGAAAGGGCCUGGUUGCGAGUCACAAAGGCUUUUGUCGGGAAGUCUCUCGACCUGGAUGUUUGGACGCGGACACGGAUUCGCUGGAGGAUGGCUCGUAAAGCAGGGGAAGACUCGCAAUAUGCGGUCCUACAGGCCUUGCACACGCAGGACGCUCUGCACUGGCAGCGUGCCCGAAAACUCGCGCUCGACACAGGCGACAAGGCUAUUCACGACGUCGUCGCCCUGCCGUGUUCAGAGACCCGUGCAUUGUCAAAACGCCUUGGGCCUUCCGAGGAUCCCGUCCGCUCUAUCGCAGAGUAUCUCGUCGUUACCCACCUGGACGAUCUCGCCACCAGGCUUUACAUCUCGCUCGUCGAUGCUAGCAUAUCAUCAGACGCCACAACCAAGAACAGGCUGGCAGCAUUGGCCGAUGUGUCCUACAAAGAGCAGAUCUUUGAAGCGCUACAUGGAGUGAACAAGGAUUCUGCAGCCUACUCGUUAGGCUUGGUGCUCAUCGGUUUGUGGGGAAUGCUAAGUCAACAAGACGCCGGUGCCCAGCGUUCUGUCGCCAACAUGCUCAUCGCCAGUCAGCUGAAGGACCGGGUUGACCUACCUUCGGUUGAUGUCUUCCUCCGACUUGUGGUUCCCGCUUAUCGUCCGAUCAAUAAACGAGACGCCAGGAACGAGGUCAAGCCUAACAGACUGUCGCUCGGAAUAGAGGAGCUUGAUACGUUGCUCGAAGUCUGUCUGCGCUACGUAUCGCUCGUCAAACAGCUGAACUCGCGCGACCCAUCGGCGUUCCGUGGCGUCUACCCUGAAACGCUCCUCAUCCGACAACUGCUCGGGCGACCCACCUUUGAGCGGACUUUCAAAGACAUCUCGGGAUACAGGAUGAGGACGAGCUCGUCGAGCUCGGACGGUUCGGGGUCCGACACGGAAUCGAUCGCAGGAAGUGAAGAAGGGUCGAUCUCGGCAAUCGAGGCAGAGGUCGAGGCGUUUGACGCGCAGACGGACAAGUUGAUCGACACUCUCGUAGAGAUCGGUCAGCGGGCGGCUUCGGCUCUGAAUGCUUUAGGUUUCGAUAUUUGAACAUUGUUUCGUUUUCUGUCUGGUAAUAAGUUGUAAAUUAGCUGGCUGAAAUCGCGAAGAUUGACGGCCUUAAAUGAACAGAUGCACGCAGCCAUCGCAGAAUUUGAUUUCAUCGCAAUCAUCUGUUCUUCUACAUGCCUCUAUAUCUGGAUCUAUAUCGAGG